AUGUCUUCAAACUCGAGCCUCGAUCCCGAGUCGGAGAGUUUCGAGAGCCGGCCCGUGUUUUAUAUUGGCCAACAUGAUUCGGCUCGGAAGGAGGCGCUCACGGACGACCAAUACACGCAGGUCCUGAACAGUGGAUUCCGCUUCGUCACUGCUCCCAUCACCAAUCAGUAUUUCCAGGACCGGGUUGUGGGCCUGCUUAGGGAGUACCUCAAGGAGCGAGAGCAAUGGGCCCAGAAACAACAGGGGGCCACAGCAAGCCAGCAACCCAACCCGUCUCUACCGGGACCUGUUGUGCCGACUCUGACUGACAAGGACACCGCCUUGUUCCCUAGCGACUAUCUCGGCUCCCUCGCCCUGUAUUCUAGCCCCUGGAUCGACUUGUGCUCUCCUGACCCGCACAUCUCAAGCAUCUCGCGCCAGGUCCUGAAUCUUGAGGCGGCGUACGCCAACUUCUGCGGCGCUAGGACGAUCGUUAUCCCUGGCCCAAGACAGGAUGACAGCGGCCGUGGUAUCGCUCAGUAUGCCCGCGCGAUCCGGGAGGCAAUGCACGUAGCCAACCGAGCCAACAUUAUCAUCCACAUGCCUAUGUACCGGGAGCCUGGCUUGGAGGAGAAGGUGGAAACGCUUUCGUCCAUCUUCAACCCCGGCAGCGACUCGGCAGGCGAUGAUAAGAAGAAGGAGGUCGACUUGUUCGGUGCCUGGGACUCUUGGAACACCAUCAGAUCCGUGUGCAGCUACUCGAUGCGGUUGUUUGUUGCCAUCCGAAUCCCUCGGCGAGUCCCCGAAAAGACUCUCCAGGAGCGGUGGUUUGCUGAGCCGCUGCACUACUUGACCAUCAGUCAAGAGAUUUUCCAGGCCAAUCGUGCUGGGCAUCCGUCGCUCAGCAGACACCAUCAGGAGCUGAUCGACCGCUACAUGCGCUUGAGAAGCAUCCCGUGGCUGAUGCUCAUCGACGUUGGCCCCAGCCCAGAGGAGAUCGAAAGCGCCCCAGGCCAGGCCGACACUGAAUUCCCAUCGCUCGCCGAGGCCAACCAGGCUCUCAGGGCGAACCGUAAGUCACUUAUGAAUCCACACGUGGGGUACAUGAGGUAUCUUGAGCGCCAGCAGCCUCCCUUUUCGGCAAUGGAGACACCAGCCCUCACAAGCUUCCAGGAUUGGUUGCAGCCGCCUUUGCAGCCGUUAGCCGACAACCUCGAGUCCGCAACCUACGAGGUGUUUGAGGGCGACCCGGUCAAAUACGACCAGUAUGAGAAGGCCAUAACCGAGGCCAUGAUCGAGUGGAGGGAGUUAAAGAAGCCAACAUCGACGGCGACCCCGGAAAAUCCUUCUAGCCCCGAGCUUGUGGUCACCGUCGCUGGUGCUGGUCGUGGGCCUUUAGUGUCGCGUGCGCUGCGUGCCGCUGAGAGCACUGGCACGCCCAUCCAAAUCUGGGCCCUCGAGAAGAACCAGGAUGCCUAUGUUUACCUUCUGCGAAAGAACAAGGUGGAAUGGGACAAUAAGGUGACCCUUGUCAAGACCGACAUGCGCGGUUGGGAGGGCCCGCGCCUCAAGGGUAGGGAAGACGUCAUCGGCAAGGUGGACAUCCUUGUGACGGAGUUGCUCGGCUCGUUUGGUGACAACGAACUGUCGCCCGAGUGCCUUGAUGGCAUCCAGAACCACCUCGCACGCCCCCACGGCAUCUCCAUUCCGCACUCGUACACCGCCCAUCUCAGCCCCAUAUCUACACCCCGCCUCUUUGCCGAUAUCAGCUCGCGCGUUUCCGGCGACCCCAACGCUUUCGAAACUCCCUGGGUCGUCCGCCUCUUCGCCUUCGACUUCGUCGCACAGAAGGUCCCCGAUCACCCGCGGUUCCAACAGGCAUGGGAGUUCGUACACCCCGUUGACAUCCUCCGCGCCGACGAGUUCGCGGCAGUGCACGGCAAAGCAGCCAAGUAUGUCACGGGCGGCGUCGGGAGCAUGUCCGGCACGAGCGGGACCAACGAGCACAACGCGCGGCAUUGCCACCUGACGUUCGUGUGCCCCACGCGCGGCGUCAUCCACGGGCUGGCGGGCUUCUUCGAGUCGGUGUUGUACGCGUCGCAGACUGGAGAGGGCAAGGAGCCUGUCGAGAUCAGCAUCCUACCGGAUCAGAUUGAUCGCAAGAGCAGGGACAUGAUCUCAUGGUUCCCUAUUUUCUUCCCGCUUAAGAAGCCGCUCUACUUCCCGCAGGAUACCGAACUCGAGGUCAGCAUGUGGCGGCAGACGGACGACACCAAGGUGUGGUACGAGUGGCUGGUGGAGGUGUAUGCUUGGGUGGGCCCGAACACGCGGAUCAAGGUUGGGACGUCGGAUCUGCACAGCAGCCGCAAGGUUGCCUGUUUGAUGUAG